AUGGUGGGCGCCGUCCGGCUCAUGCGGGGAUGGCGGAUGUCGGGGAUCUCGAAGCGUCGUGUUGCGGGUGCGGACCGCCGCGGGAAAGUGAAGGCCUGCGAAGAUGGCAACGGAGGGAAGGAGCACUCGCUGGAGCGCUCACAGCCAGGCCGAGAGAGACUCGGUGGCCGAGACCCUGAUGGAGGAGCCGAACGUCCGAGCAUGAGUGCUCGCUCGAAGCCUUUCGGCCCCUGGAGGCCAUGCCGCAAGUCGGCAUCUGAUGUCGGCGUGAGCCGCCUGGAGACGCUGGUCUACUCGUGGUCGCUUGGGAAUGCGACGCGACGAGAUCGGGUGCUGUCGGCUGAAGACUGGAAGACGAAGACAAAAGACGGAGAUCUCCAUGCCAUCCGUGCUGCGCCUGCCACGAGAGAUUCCGCUGCAACGCCUCUUUGGUCUUACCGUCCUCGUCAGAUGAUGCAGUCGGUCGCACUCGGGGCUCUGGUCGCGCUGGUGGUCGCCUGCGCCGGGGCAACUGCCGUCGUCCGUCCCGACUCCCGCGUCCAGGAAAUCCUCCGCCCCGGCGACGACCUCGAGCGGGAAGCGGCGAAACGCGACGGAGACGGCGCGUACGUGCAGGGGUGCGGGGACCUCCUCGAGGCCCUGCUCGUCGAGCACUGCGGCGAGGGGCGAGGCAAGAGGGGCGGCGGGUCGUGGGCUCCACCCAGAGUUAAAACCCGCCGUAGUCUCCGCCUCUCGUCAUCUCCCUACCCCCUGGCAUCUUCGUGGAAACGGAAAUUCGUUUCUCAAUCCAUAUUCACUCCGAGAAUGAUUCGAGACCCGAGUUCCUCCUCGUCCUCGACCGCGGGAUUCCUCAACCGACGUCGAUUUUCUCCCGGCACAGAUCGGCUCGACCAAUCGGACCACCUCUUGGCGUCUCCCUCCCUCCCUCUCGUCUUCACAGGACCGGCGAAGCGCCAGGACCAUCUGAUCGUGCCCGUGUGCUGCUGGACCGCCUGCACCGUCGGCGUCCUCAAGGAGUUCUGCCUCUAA